ACAGGCGUCUCCACAACACACAUUGUCACAGUUGUAAGCAAGCGGAGAAAAGGAAACAAUCUUCCAUUUCCUCUGUGGAAGGAGACAAUGUCAACCCUUGGUAAACCACUGUUCGAGAAUCUCGAACAACUGUCUGGCUUAGACGUCAACAACCUAAUAAGGUUCUUAAACUGAACAGAAUGGAUAGAGUGGUGCUGUAAAUAAUUGAUAUUUUUUGGUACAGUAUAGUCUCGUAUAUAUUUAUCGGCUGAUUUAUUGGGUAUCAAUUGUCAUACUGGAAUGUCUUGCUUGUUACGGAAAUCUGUAAUCGAUGAACUAGGUGGUUUGAAAACAUUUGGUUGUUAUCUAGCCGAAGAUUUCUUUAUCGCCAAAGCCAUUCGAGACAAGGGAUGAAAAAUGCGCAUAAGUAAUCAACCGGCAUUGCAAAAUAGUGGAAUUUGUGAUGUAAACAGAUUCCAAGAGCGCUUCAUACGUUGGGCGAAAUUACGCGUAGCCAUGGUACCCACAACAAUACUGUUAGAGCCUCUCUUCGAGUGCAUGGUAUUAGGCGCCUUAGCCUCAUGGUCUGCAUCGUUACUAUUUAAUUGGGAUCCAUUAGUAUUUUACUUAGUGGUUUCUUUCAGAUUCGAUAUUACUUUCUAUUGUGCAGGGAAACGUACCUUGCAAUUGAAUUACAAAUGGUUAAUUGACAUUUCAUAAGUUUGAGUUCGUCAUUGGUUGGCUUUUUAGAGAAAUAAGCGGUUCUUACCUAUUCCU